AUGUGUAUCAUAGGAUGUGGUUGGGUUGCCAAGUACAUCAGAAAUAUCGAUCCCAAGAACUGGGAAAAUGCUUUCUUCGUAGGAUGUAGGUAUGGGACACACUCGUCAAAUAUUACAGAGUCUUUCAAUAACUGGAUUCUUCCUGAAAGGGAUCUGCCUCCAGCUGCUCUUGUUGAUGAGAUUAGGAUAAAGAUUAUGAGGAUGAGUGCAGAAAGGCGUGAGCUCGGUAGAAAUUAUAGUGAUAGUUUGACUCCCAUCUAUAAAGUUCUACUCAAGUCACAUGUCUAUCUAGGGCGUCCAUGGAGUGUUACGGAGUCAGGUAAUGGUAUAUAUGAGGUUCACUCUCCUAGAUCUCAUGAUGUUGAUCUGAUGCAUAUGACGUGCACUUGCCAGAGAUGGAAAGUGUUUGGUUUCCCCUUUGCUCACGCCACUGGUGCUAUUACUAUGAGUGGUAUUGAGAUGUUGAGGUUUGUUGAGCCUUACUUUGGUUCGAAUCAUUUUCGCCAUACGUAUGCUCCUGCAAUUCGACUCAUUCCCAAUUACGACAGGCCAGAAGUUUAUGAACCUGAAGAGAGAGUCCUACCUGGUAUUCCAAGGCCACCUCCAGGAAGACCACCAAAGAAGCGCAUUCGUGGUGCUUAUGAGAAGGAGAGGAGGCCUAUGAAGUGCUCAAAUUGCAAGAAGAUUGGGAACCACAAUAAAGCUACAUGUCGUGUAUUAAUGUUGGAGUAG